ACAGAUCAGACCAGGGCACGUCCAAGACUGCCAGGCAGCGUCUUCCACCUUUGUCCAGUGCGGUGCGCGCGUACGCCAUAGCAGGGGCCGAGGUCGUCGUCAACCCCUCUCCACAGCAUGUCUUGGUGGUACUUCCUCGGCCUGCCGAAUGAGCUGGAGCGACUGUCCAAUGAGAAGCAAGAGCUGAAGCAGCAAAACAACGAGCUACAGAAGCAAUUGGACGAGAGGCGGAGGGAAGCUUCCAAUGAGAAGCAAGAGCUGGAGAAGCAAAACAACGAGCUACAGAAACAAUUGGACGAGAGGCAGAAACAAAACACCAAAUUGUCCGAUGAGCUGGUGAAGCAAAAGGAGGACACGAGGAAGGCGGGCUUGCUAUUCAUGAAUGCUGCUGAUAAGUACCAAGAGGAAGCAAGGAAUCAACUUAAGGCAAAGGAAGAGGAAUUAGCGAACACGAGGAACGCAGGCCUGCUGAUAAUGAACACCGCCGAUGCGUACCAAGAGACGGCAUGCAAGCAAAUUAAGGAAAAGGUGUGGGAAUUGGAGGACACAAGGAAGGCGGUUCUUGUGCUCAUGAAUGCCGCCGAUGCAUACGAACAAAUAGCAAAAAAGAAAAUUAAAGAUAUGGAGGAGGAAUUGAAGGUCAUUGGGGCCCAGAAAGCAGAGAUGGAUGCAAGGGUAGCAUCUUUGAAGGGUGAUUAUGAUAAGGUGAAGGUUGAAAAUGAAAAGCUUCGGCUAGAGGCUGAGAGGCUCAUUAUGGAAUUGGGUGUCUUGACUGAGGCAAAAGAUGCAGCUGCAUACUCAUGUAAUACUGAGACACCAGAAAUCAUGAAGGAAUUGGACGAUCUUGAAACAAAGGUGGAGGAAACACAAGCUAGCAUGGAUUUGGUGAAGGGUGAAAAUGAUAAACUUCAGUCGGGCAUUUUUUUAAGGGAAUAGGAGGUGUAUCUCCCCACUGAUGGUAAUAUUUCUUUGCUUUA